AUGUGCUACCACAAGGAGGAGUCCAGAUACAAUAUCAUGCGUGUGCUCCAAUGGUCAUUCGAUGCACUUGGAUGCGGGAAACACCCAUCAGCCGACCCCUGGAAUGUGCCCUUCUCAAGCUCAUACUGCCCGGCCCGGUUCAAGAAAGCCGGUUGCUGGCUCGCAUCACCUGGCCUGAGGGGAAUCUGGGACGGAAUCCAGGCGGAUUUGGAGUUCGUCAAAAAGGUUCUGUUCUUGCAGAGUGCCUCGGGCAUGCACCAUUAUAAAGGCUUCACUUCCCAUGCAUGA